GCCCGCCCGCCCGCCCGCCCGCGGCCGCCCGGGAGCUCGUCCAGCCCCGCGCUCCUCUCGCCCGCCCGCCGGCCGCCGCCAGCGCCUGUCCGCCUGCCGCCCGCGCUCGCCCCCGCGGCUCUACGGCCCGGUCAUAGAUCACAGAAACUCAGAAGACAAGCACCAAUUCUCUUACCAUGUCGUACAGACGAGAACUAGAGAAAUACCGUGACCUGGAUGAAGAUGAAAUCCUCGGAGCCCUCACGGAGGAAGAGCUCAGGACCCUGGAAAAUGAGCUGGAUGAGCUGGACCCUGACAAUGCACUGCUGCCUGCAGGCCUGAGGCAGAAGGAUCAGACCACCAAGGCGCCCACGGGCCCCUUUAAAAGGGAGGAGCUCUUGGAUCACUUGGAAAAGCAAGCAAAGGAGUUUAAAGACCGAGAAGAUCUGGUCCCCUACACAGGGGAAAAGCGAGGAAAGGUCUGGGUCCCCAAGCAGAAGCCGAUGGAUCCUGUGCUGGAAAGUGUGACCCUGGAGCCAGAGCUGGAGGAGGCAUUGGCAAACGCCUCAGAUGCAGAACUCUGUGACAUCGCAGCUAUCCUGGGCAUGCACACACUCAUGAGCAACCAGCAGUACUACCAGGCCUUGGGCAGCAGCUCCAUCGUGAACAAGGAGGGACUCAACAGUGUGAUCAAACCGACACAAUACAAGCCUGUGCCCGAUGAAGAGCCAAAUUCAACAGACGUCGAGGAAACCCUGGAGCGGAUAAAGAACAAUGACCCCAAACUUGAGGAGGUUAACCUCAACAAUAUCCGGAACAUCCCCAUACCCACUCUCAAGGCGUAUGCAGAAGCCCUGAAAGAUAACUCAUAUGUGAAGAAGUUCAGCAUCGUGGGAACACGGAGCAAUGACCCUGUGGCGCAUGCCCUUGCGGAGAUGCUCAAGGUAAAUAAGGUGCUGAAGACGCUGAACGUGGAAUCCAACUUCAUAUCUGGAGCCGGGAUCCUGCACCUGGUGGAAGCUCUUCCAUACAACACUUCUCUAGUGGAACUGAAAAUCGAUAACCAGAGCCAGCCUCUGGGCAACAAAGUGGAAAUGGAGAUUGUGAGCAUGUUGGAAAAGAACGCAACGCUUCUCAAAUUCGGCUACCACUUUACCCAGCAGGGGCCCCGGCUGCGGGCGUCCAACGCGAUGAUGAACAACAACGACCUUGUGAGGAAGAGGAGGCUCGCAGACUUGACUGGGCCCAUCAUUCCCAAGGUCCGAAGUGGCGUCUAGUGUGUGGAGGGGACGACUGUGCCUUUGAACUGCACAAGUUCUACUGAUAAUCUGUGCUCUGCAGUGGAAACCAGAAGGCAAAAUGCCAGCACAAAACCCUUUCAUGGUUCAGUUCUUUAUGCACUAAGGUUUUAGGUUAACUAGUGGUUGUAGUUGAAAAUUUUAUAAACUAUGGUUAAUGUGAAGUUUUUCUUUAGUCACAGAAGUUCAGUCUGGUUAUUAUUUAAAAACUAAGAAGAUCCCAAACCGACAGAUCUUACUGAAGAUGUUCUAGCAGCAGGACUUAGCCCUGGGAGACCAGUUUCGGUGGCCUUGCUGCGUGGUGUUUCAGGGGUACUUAGAAUGUGUAACAUAGGAACAAACAGCCCACUCUUCCGCAUGGUGGGGAAGCAUUAUAAAAUCCUUUAUUAUGAAUUUGAUCUUACGUAUUUAGCAAACAGAUCAUCAUUCUUUAUUGGCCCUCCUUUAAAUCUGAAAAACCUCAAGAUUAAAGUUGCCAAGUUGAUUACUGGGUCAGGAACACAAUUUUGCCCUUCAAGAAAGAGAGACUGAAGCCACAGAGCUCUGCCAGGAAUCCAGGAACAUGAGAUUCCUUUUGCUGGACACAAGGAAAUGAUGGAAAAGCCAACGGUGGAAUUUCAAGUUUCAAUAAACCAUCCUUUCUUUACCAAUCCCAGGCAACAAACAUUUCCCUGACUGUUCUUUAUGAACAUCUGGGAUCUAUUUACAGUUUAAUAUUGGAAUCGGAAAGAAUUUUUUCCUUAUUGAAUGCCAUCUGCAAUGAUGUGAAAACCUAUAGCCAAAUACUUGAAAAUACCUUUCCACAUUGCACAGUGGUCCAAUGCCUUAUGUGAGGUAAAACACUAGAGAGAAAUUUCUAGUCCAUCGCAGGUAUGCUUACAGACUCCAACCAUGUGUCACAUCACUUAUUAGACAAGUCACCACUGAUCUCAUGCCUGUAAAUUAAGGCUCUGAAAGCCAACGGUGAAGAAAAUCCAGGUAUUAAAGAAUUAGGAAACCCUGGCCAAACCAUCCCAAGAUGAUUAUUCUGAAAAUGUAAUAAUGGUGUUUCUGCCAGAUCCCUUUUUAACAUCAUGCGUAUCUCUUGGGAUCCAGCAAAAAUGUUAAGCCACAAUGCCCUUGUGCCUUUUAAUAUGCCACAGUGCCAGUUAAACUAGCAUUUCUGUUGCUUGGGAGUGAUUUUCAUGAGUGAUUCAGCAAAUCUUAUGAUAAAGGACAGGCCAAAGAGCUGACGAGCACGGACUAAGCUGUGGAGCACUGAGCAGAGGCUUUUGACGAAAAAGGAAGUCUUGCACACUGAACUGUAAUGAUGUGGCCGGUACAGGGUAACCAGAGGUGGAGCCAGGGCCUCACCACUACAGAAGAGUGUCUACUAAGGCUGCAGAUGGGCCCGGGAGUGGCACCACACUGUUGGGAUGGCCGGCCCCACUAGGCUUCUCCUUGAAACACAACUGCAGCUGUAUUCUGCAUCACUGGAAACUGCAAUAUAAUAUUAAAUCUGUUGGUCUGUG